GCCAGGUUUUCCAGAGAAAUCUCAUUCCUUGAGAGUCUCAUCCAAGAGAUGGAGGAGAAACGUCAUCAGGAGGCCAGUGAAUUCCUGCAGGAUAUUGGAAGGGUCUUGAAGAAGUAAGUAAUAUAAUAACACUUUAUUUGUAUCCCACCCUAUCUCCUUGAGGGUACUCAGGGCGGAUCCCAGCAUAUACAGAUGCAAGGUAAACAUUCGAUGCCUCGAAACAAUGAAACAAAGUACACAGAUGAAGGUAAAGGCUUCCCCUUCAUCUCCAACUCUGGAGGUGGUGCUCAUCUCAAUUUCUAAGCUGAAGAAUUGUCGUUGUCUGUAGACACCUUCAAGAUCAUGUGGCCAGCAUGACUGCAUGGAGCGCCACUACCUUCCAGCAGAAGCAGUACCUAUUGAUCUACUCACAUUUGCAUGUUUUCAAACUGCUAGUUGGCAGAAGCUGGGGCUAACAGUGGGAGCUCACCCCAUCUUGCAAAUUCAAAUUGCCAACCUUCCAGGCAGUAAGUUUAGCAGCUCAACACUUUAACCCGUUGCGCCACCAGGUUAAGAUUGUAUACCUUUUCUUUUAUGGUACUGAAGAAAACCCCAUGCUAGAGAUGCUGUAGGUCAGAAACAACUUGAAGGCAUACAGCUACAACAACCCAAUUGUUCCAGUGUCCUCUCUUUAAAAACAAGUUUUCCCACCUUGGCAUAGUGUACUUGUGCAUUUGUAUUGCAGCAAUUUUACCCCAGUAUCUCUCUGCAAAGGUGUGCUGUUAGAAUGAUCAAAAUAGAGAUUGUAUGGGACGUUUGCAUAUUGUCCAAAGAACCUGUUUUUUGUUGCUUCUUUCUUGGAAUAUCUGCAAUGGGAUAUAAUUGUAAUCAACACUUUUCUUCUAACUUCCUAGUAGCAGCAGAUGAAGAAGAAAAUGGGUAGAGAAACUCUGAGCAGGAUAGAGCCAUAUGAGGUUAAUGUCUAAACUUUAGGAAGAUGUGCAGAUAUGGAUCUUUGGCUAUUUGACAUCUCAGGAACUUUGAUGAAGCAUCAUCCUCUCCCCGUUCAUUUCUCUUUCUCUUUUGCUUUUCAGAAUCUGCCUGUCUCUGAACUUUCUGUAGUCUCCUCUCCCAGAUUUCAUUUUCUGUAUCCUACUGAGGAAUUUUGGAUAGUAAACUAAGGUUAUAUUUCCUAAUCAGGAAUGAGAUGAGAGAGACGUUUCGGAGUGUUAAGUUUGUUCCACUUGCCCUGAACCUGAAGAUCUCAGAGCUGCGAGAGAUAAAUCUCUUUUUAGAGGAUGCCAUGAAAAAAGGCAAAGAUCUCUUUCUGAGAAAACAAAAGAUGGAUGAAGCGGUAGAAAAUAGGGCAGAGUUUCCAACUGAAAAAAUUGGUAUCAGGACCCAGCCUCAAAUUCCAAGAAGAUGGGAAGAUGUUCUCAUAUCUGGACCCCCACCACAGAAAGUGAACAUAACUCUGGAUACAGACACAGCUUUUCCCCGCCUCAUCUUGUCCGAAGACCUUAGAAGUGUGAGAUGGGACAAGAAGUAUCAAGACCUGCCUGAGAAUCCUGGCAGAUUUAACCUAUGUCCUAUUGUUCUGGGCCGUGAGGAACUCUCAGAAGGCAGAUAUUUCUGGGAUGUUUCUGUGGAAAGUGAGGAAGAGUGGACUGUAGGUGUUGCCUUAAAAUCUGUGACGAGAAAGGGGCCUGUAAUGAUUCAACCUGAAAGUGGGAUUUGGGCGAUAGGACUGUUAGAUCUCCCCCUGUGUCGAAACGAGAAGCUCAGGAAGAUCCGAGUAUUUCUGAGCUGCACAGAAGGUCUGGUGACCUUCUAUAAUACGGACACAGAAGACUUUCUCUAUGAGUUCUCUGGUGCGUCAUUCAGAGGACAGCCCAUUCUGCCUUUCUUUCGUGUGUUUGUAGGAGGCCACCUCAAAAUCUGUCAUUAAGGUAGCCAGGUUGGCCUCAGGAAUCUCUGACACAAGUUGCCCGUGAUCAUAUUCAUGAUUUUAAGUGUUCAGAUUUGUACUUGUAUUAAAAACUACUGACUUUUUCCUGUU